CAGAAGGCGAGUGUAUCAGAAUACUCAAAUCGCCGAUUCGUCCGCUUACACACUCUUAACCAUCUGUACGACAGCCUGUCUUCCUUGCAAUCAACCACCAGCUCCUCCCCCUCACGACCCACUAUCAUAUUCAUGCCUCUCGAUAUCAUUCCCGUCACGGUGGAUCCAGAAACCUUGUUUCGAAUGGAACAAACCGGUCAACCACUUGUCGUGUAUGAAUGUGGAUUACAGGGGACACCCUGUGGAAUGUGUCUGGAGGGAACGACUAGUGCAGUGUCUGCCCACCUACGUAGACACGGUGUCACUGGUCCGGAUAGUGCCGUCACAAUUUGUACCUGGGGCGGCUGCUACAAGACACUCAAGAAAGGAAGCAUGACAAGGCACAUCCUCACUCACCUCGGUGUCAAGGCGUGCUGCUCCAUAUGCGGAGUUGUGAAAUGCCGUUACGACCUCCUUCGUGCACACAUCAAUUCCUCGGAGACAUGUCAUUUCGCAAUUGCCGAUAAUGUUCCAGGACCCGGAGGAUAUGUUGUUGUCCCCACGAGUUGGGCCGCUGCCCAUAUGCAUCAGGUCUGAUCCUUAUGAUGUCUGUUUUUUUUCGACAAGGGAGUCUAGCGAUAUUCACUAGGAAGUCCGCUCGAAAGAAAAACGGACUCGCACGGUGUGAGAGAUGUGG